AUGGGGGAGCCAUGCCACAAUUAUUGGUACUCUGACAUGGGGAUCCAAGAUGAUGAUAUCUUCAACCAACGUUACAAUAUUAACUCAUCACUAAUUGUUGAUGAAGAUCAUAUCAUUAGGGAGAUCAUGGAUCAUCAUCAUCAUCAUCAUCAUCAUCACCAACCAGCAUUCUCAUCUGAAAGUGAUAAUAGUCACUCUCCCACAAAUAAUAAUCAAAUCAAAGGUGGUGGAAGUGGCAAUACUAGUAGCUUUGUGUUUAACAACAAUAAUGAACAUGCACCAUUAUUGUUGGAUAUGAAAGCUUCUACUUCAACAUCUUCUCCAAGAUCAUACAUUCUAUCUUUCAAUGAUUCCACCGUUAUUGCCACCACGGCGGCGGCCACGGCUACUCCUCCUCCUCCUCCUCCUCCAUCAUUAGAAACCUAUAAUAACAAUGGGAAACGACCAUACCAACACAUUGAAGUGGCAUUAGAAAAUCAAGCAAAGAAGGUUAGAAGCUCCUCAGAGACAGUUGAUCACAUAAUGACUGAGAGAAAAAGGAGAAGGGAACUAACUGAGAGAUUUAUAGCACUUUCAGCCACUAUUCCUGGCUUGAAGAAGAUUGACAAAUCCACUAUACUUAGCGAGGCAAUAAGUCAUGUGAAACAACUCAAACAACAAGUGAAGGAAUUAGAAGAACAAAAGAAGAAGAUAAGUGUAGAAUCAGUGUCAUUCAUUAUUAGGAAAUCCCACCUCAUGAAUGGAACUAAUAAUAAGGAUGACGAAAAAGGUGCAAUCAAUAAUAAAGCAGCAACAAGUGAAGCACUACUCCCAACGGUGGAAGCAAGAGUGUUCAAAAAUGAUGUGCUAAUAAGGAUCCAUUGCAUGAAACAAAGUGGUAUUAUGCUCAAAAUAUUGCGACAUCUUAAGAGUUUUGAUCUCUCUGCCAUUAGCAAUAGUGUAUUGCCAUUUGGAAAUUCCACUCUUGAUAUCACCGUUAUUGCUCAGAUAGGUGACAAAUUCAACGUGACAAUGAAUGAUUUAGUGAAAAACCUGAGACUGUGUAUCUUGGAGUCCCCUAAUGAUGAUGAAGAACCACACAACAGUCAUUGA